AAUAAACUCCAUAAAAUACUAUACUCUCGUCGACUCUGCUCUGUACACAUCUCUUACGAUAAAGUUACAACUCUGAACUCUCAGCUUGAAUCGGCACUGACGACAGCAUCUUCGACGAAUAUGGCGCCACCGGAAGGUGAAACAGCGGCGGUGGUUGAUGGCCAGCCGCAGCAGCAGCAACGGCAAGCUGGUGGCUUCGGGCAGACUAUAACCGGAAUCAUCAGAAUCGCCGUCUUCUGCUACUUUGCUUCUAAGUUCUUUUCUCCUAAACAAAAACCUGCGGAUCCUUCUAAGCCUUCCCACCUUAUUUCCAAUCUCUUUCAGAGGGGAGAGCCCAUGGAUAUGUGGUUUUAUCUUUCGGAGCAUGUGAAAUUCAAUGACUUUGGGAAUGAAGGUGCUCUUAUUUGGCACGAGACAAACAUACCUUAUGCUGUGUGGAAGCCAGAGAGCACUAGGACCUUGUCAACAACGUAUUAUCCAUCCGAGGGGCUUAAGAAUAAUGGAAGUCUGUAUGCUCAUGUUUUCUUUGCUCGGUCUGGUUAUCCUAUAGAUCCCAGCGAUCCGGAAUACCAACCUCUUAACUGUUUUGGCAAGAUACACCCUGUUGCGACUUACUUGCCAAAGCGUAAAGCAGAUAAGAAGAAGAGUCUGUUGGGAAAUCCCAAAGACUCUGAUGAAUCCAAUGCUGAAGUUGAGAAUUUGCAGGAGGUUGAUGGUAAGGACUCAGAUCUCAAGGAUGAGGCCCCUGUGGAAUGGGUAUCCUACUGGAAACCAAAUGUCACAAUUAACCUAGUCGAUGAUUUUACUCGCUAUCCCCAGCAUGGUGUGCCACCAAACAUUGCUCCUUACUUACUGGUGGAACCUAGUACUGUAAACUACUACCCUAUAGUUUUCUUCAAUGAGUUUUGGCUGUUGAGGGAUAAGUUGAUUUUAAUCAAUGAGACAGUCUCCGAGCUACCACUUAAUCUGGAAGUAAGCCCCAUAAGCAUGACAAAGUGGCAGCUUUUUGAGCAGAUUGAUCAGUCUUUCCAGAUUCACCGUAGCUAUGGAAGCAUGCUUGAUGGUGAAUCUGACGAAUUAAAGAGGGUGUUUUUGGAAGGAAAUCCCUAUCUCUUGGGCGUCACGAUGUUUGUUUCGAUGCUGCAUUCUGUAUUUGACUUCCUCGCAUUCAAAAAUGAUAUCCAGUUUUGGAACAAGAACAAAUCUAUGGAAGGACUGUCUGCUAAGUCUGUCGUAUUGAACUUUAUCUGUCAGUUCAUCAUCUUCCUUUACCUGCUUGACAACGACACUUCAUGGAUGAUAUUGGCUAGUUCUGGAGUUGGUGUCUGUAUCGAGUUCUGGAAAAUAGGGAAAGCCAUGCGCAUCGAGGUUGACCGAAGUGGAGUGAUUCCAAGAUUGAGGUUCCACGACCGUGAAUCCUAUUCAAGCAACAAGACCAAGGAAUAUGAUGAUAUCGCCAUUAAAUUCUUAUCUUAUGUGCUCCUCCUUCUUGUCGCUGGUUUCUCCAUAUAUUCACUUGCCUAUGAACGCCACAAGAGUUGGUACUCAUGGAUCCUAUCGUCACUAACGAGCUGCGUCUACAUGUUUGGUUUCAUUAUGAUGUGUCCUCAAUUGUUCAUCAACUAUAAGCUGAAGUCAGUAGCACAUUUACCAUGGAGGCAAAUGACAUAUAAGUUUCUCAACACAAUCAUCGACGAUCUCUUUGCUUUUGUCAUCAAAAUGCCAAUGCUGCAUCGCCUUUCUGUCUUCCGAGAUGAUGUGAUAUUCUUGAUAUACUUGUACCAAAGAUGGGUUUAUCCUGUGGACAAAACACGCGUCAACGAGUUUGGUUUUGGAGGUGAGGAGGAGUCCGUGGAUACAAAGAAGAUCACUGACCAAGAAGAUGACAAGAAAACAAACUAAUUAGCUUUGUUUCUUUCUUAACAAUUUUGAGCUUUUUUUUUUUUUUUUUUGCUUUAGAAAGUAUUGUUAAUGCAUUUUAAAUCCAAAAAGAAUUUCUUUAGAUUCAAGAAAAAAAUGUGUUAAUAAUAUCACUUAGUUAUACUUAA